AUGGGUGAUUAUGCUUUUGUCACCUCAAAGCUGCAGGAAAGAGAUGUAAUUAUCCUCUUCAGCAAGACAUAUUGCCCAUUUGUGCAGAAGGCCAAGGAGGUUCUUGCUUCAUUGCGGCCAAAGCCUGUGAUGACAGUGAUCGAACUGGACUUGAUGGGAGAGCCAAGACAUGGGCCCAUUCAACAAGUCUUGCGGAAACACACUGGCUCUUCAACCGUGCCACAGGCCUUUGUGAACGGGACUUACAUUGGAGGCUGCCAAGAGAUGAGCAAUCUCCACACACGAGGAGAAUUAUUGCCAAUGCUUCAAAGACUGGGAUGCAAAUUUGAAACUUAG